AUGUCUCAGACCACUCUGCAUACCACUCUUCAUCCUGUUUCCCAGCCUAUUGCAAUGUUCCAGCAAUUCAUCGCAACGGAGCAGCAGACAAUAGUCCUAAAAGAAAAGAUUCUCUCUCUCUCAGGGGACAGCUUUGACAUUAAGCUUGAGAAUGGCGCUCCGUUUCUGACAGUGAAUGGCAACCGGUUAUCUCCUUCUGGGCGUAAGAAGGUCAACGACCCGGAUGGCACUCACCUUUUCGAUCUUCGCAAGGAACACUUGCAUCUCCAUACGACCUAUAUCAUGGAGGACCUGAACGGAGACAAGAUUUGUGAGGUCAGGAGCAGUCACAAACUCAUCGGUUCCAAGGCUACUGCCACCCUUACCGAUGUGUCCGGCAAGGCUAUAACUUUGGUCAUGGAAGGAAACUGGAAUGAUCGCACAGCCAAAAUUGUCGAUGAAGAGUCUGGUCAAGCUGUGGCGACCAUUUCCCGGAAACGUUUCACCGGUCGUCAUAUAUUUUUCGGCCAGGACACUUACGUAGUGACGGUGCCGCCCGGUGUAGACAUGGCACUGAUCGCUGGCCUAUGUAUCUGCUUUGAUGAGAAGAACAAUGAUUAG